AUGAGCUGCUCGUGGAGGCUUGGCCUGAUGACUUCAUCUCUAACCAUCCGCAACUGCUUCCUCCAAUGCAAGAUCAGGAGUGAAGGUAAUGGGGCUGGGGAGGGAGAGGCAGAAGCUGAGCUGGAGCAAUGUGUCAUUGAGAUUGAGGAGAAAAUUCUAGCUCUCUGUUACAAGGAGACCAUGGCUCUGGAUUUCAUCCUUAACCUUUUCCACUCGAAUUUUUUUCAUUAUACUGCACCAAACGAGUGCAAGAGUCAAAGUACCAAUGGGCGAGUAUACUCGCCCAUUCGAGUGGAAAAGGUUAAUCCUCCCCAGGAGCGGGAGGUUAUAACAGUGCCCUCGUCGUUGCGAGUAAAUCGUUCCGGCGAUGCAGGGACGGUGACAAGGAUCGAACGAUUCGAGGGAUCUGCUAAAGGUGCCAGUGGCCUCCAGUGCGGAUUCCCAGGCCGACCUGCCAACGGCGGGACCGUCAACGAUGCCACCUUUUACUUUUACCGGGACCUGGCCACGUACCAGUGCGCAGACGGGUUCGUUCUCUUCGGGCCGAGUCAGCGGAUGUGCAUGAAGAAUGGGACGUGGAGCGGGAGGCUGCCCACGUGCGAGUUCAACUUGGCCCGUGGGAAGGUGAGUCAGCAGAGUCUGACGUUAUUGAAUUAUCGAUCGGAUCUGGCCGUGGACGGAGACCCGGAAACAUGCUCGUACACGCCGAGGGACACGGAUUCAUCGAGGUGGUGGCAGGUGAACCUGGGACGAAGGUACAAUAUUGCCUCCGUCGGCAUCCGUAUCAACCGAGGUAUAUACUCUUGCUUCCUUAUCGCAUCGACUUUCGGAUUAUCGCUGCGCGUCGUCCAUGGUGAUGCAGUCGUGUGA